CUCGUCCGCCCCCGGGCUGUGGGGUGGGCCUCGGUCCGAGCCCCCAUCUAUGUCAGCAGCUGGGCCGUCCGGGUGUCCCAGGGUAACCGGGAGGUCGAGCGCCUGGCACGCAAAUUCGGCUUCGUCAACCUGGGGCCGAUCUUCCCUGAUGGGCAGUACUUUCACCUGCGGCACCGGGGCGUGGUCCAGCAGUCCCUGACCCCGCACUGGGGCCACCGCCUGCACCUGAAGAAAGACCCCAAGGUGCAGUGGUUCCAGCAGCAGACGCUACGGCGGCGGGUGAAACGCUCUGUGGUGGUGCCCACAGACCCCUGGUUCUCCAAGCAGUGGUACAUGAACAGCGAGGCCCAACCAGACCUGAGUGUCCUGCAGGCCUGGGGCCAGGGGCUGUCAGGCCAGGGCAUUGUGGUCUCUGUGCUGGACGAUGGCAUCGAGAAGGACCACCCGGACCUCUGGGCCAACUACGACCCCCUGGCCAGCUACGACUUUAAUGACUACGACCCAGACCCCCAGCCCCGCUACACCCCCAGCGACGAGAACCGGCACGGGACCCGCUGUGCUGGGGAGGUGGCCGCCGCAGGAGGGUCCUCACCCCUCGACCCCCCCAGCCCCAUCCUGCCGCUGAUCUACAUCAGGAAAAACGUGUCGGCCUGCGCCGGCCGCCACAACUCCAUCCGCUCGCUGGAGCACGUGCAGGCGCAGCUGACGCUGUCCUACAGCCGGCGCGGAGACCUGGAGAUCUCACUCACCAGCCCCAUGGGCACGCGCUCCACACUCGUGGCCAUACGACCCUUGGAUGUCAGCACUGAAGGCUACAACAACUGGGUCUUCAUGUCCACCCACUUCUGGGAUGAGAACCCACAAGGCGUGUGGACCCUGGGCCUGGAGAACAAGGGCUACUAUUUCAACACGGGGAUGUUGUACCGCUACACGCUGCUGCUCUAUGGGACAGCCGAGGACAUGACAGCGCGGCCUACAGGCCCCCAGGUGACCAGCAGCGCGUGUGUGCAGCGGGACACUGAGGGGCUGUGCCAGGUAUGUGACGGCCCCGCCUACAUCCUGGGACGGCUCUGCCUGGCCUACUGCCCCCCGCGGUUCUUCAACCACACAAGGCUGGUGACUGCCAGGCCUGGGCACACAGCGGCGCUCGCGCUGAGGGUCUGCUCCAGCUGCCACUCCUCCUGCUACACCUGCCGUGGCGGCUCCCUGAAGGACUGCACCUCCUGUCCCCCAUCCUCUACACUGGACCAGCAGCAGGGCUCCUGCGUGGGACCCACCACCCCUGACAGCAGCCCCCGGCUUAGAGCUGCCGCCUGCCCCCAGCACCGCUGCCCAGCCUCAGCCAUGGUGCUGGGCCUCCUGGCCAUGACCCUCCAAGGCCCUGUCCUCUGCAGCAUGUCCAUGGACCUCCCACCAUAGACCUGGCUCUCCCGUGCCAGGGCCAUGCCCACCAAACCCCAGGUCCGGCUGCCAGCUGCAACCCGAAGUUGUCAGCUCAGAAAGUGACCUUGCCCCCGCCUGGGUCCCUGACAGGCACUGUUGCCCUGCUGCCUCCCCAGGCUGGCCCAGAGGAGCCAGCACCAGCCCCCGACGCCCGGCCUGCCAGGCAUGGGCCCCGUGGAACCCCGCAGCCUGGGGGGAAGAGAGAGAGAGAAGUCUCCUAUGCAUUUUGGGUUUGGGUGGGAGUGGGCUGGGGGGAGAGGCUGGAGCACCCCAGAAGCCAGGGGAAAGUGGGGGGAGAGAAACGUGACACUGUCCGUCUCGGGCACCGCGUCCAACCUCAGAGUUUGCAA